AUGAAAGAUGAGAACAUGGUUUGGAAGGAACUUAAUCAGACCAGUCUCAUAACUGGUUAGUGGCAAUGGAUUUCAAUUAACCUUUUUCAUUUUCAGACAUUGUCGUUGAGCAGUCAUUGCAAAACGGAAGCAGAUCGGUGGAAAUCGGAUGGAAAGAGUUGAGAGAGCUACUUAAAACGCAGAGAGAACUGGUCAGAUUCAACGCGGAGCGAAUAAAAGCUGAUCUUAGAAACGAUUGGAAGCUCUGAGGAAAAAUGUGAGUUUGAACUGCACAAACCUAGAUACAAAUUGCUUUACAGAAAAAUGCGAUAGAAGAGGAAAUAACGAAGACGAGAGAAUCGAACGAUUAUAGGCUAUUGAUAGAACGGCAUCAGAAGGAUAUUAAUGAACUGGACAAAAGGAAGUGUGCACUCCAAGACGAACGUAAACAUAUUCUGUGGAUCCUUUUGCACCAUUUUGACUGAUUUCAGAAGCGGCCCUCAUGAAAGAAUGGAAUCUAUGUUUGAAUGAGCUGAAAAUGAUGUCAUCGGAGGACAGAAUGCGGAUAAGAGACGCGCACGCAAAAGACGUUUCGGAGGAACCGUACGCCCGCGCAGUCACCGAUAUUCUCAAUCAAAUCGAAGGACUCGGAAAGUGCGAGAAUAAUCUCAAGAAAUUAGUGGGUUCGUCUGUUGACUAGCUAGUCUAUGAUUUCAAUUAUUUCAGAGUGGUUGCAUGGCGACGGAACAGUUGGACGAACACCGAUUCAACUAUACAUCGGUGACUGAAGAGAUUCAGCAUUCCGUAUAGUUCAACUUUGCAGCAUUUAAUUGAAAAGAUAAAACUUUACAUCGUCAUAUUGGAAAAGUCGGUACGAGACCUAACCGAAAUCGACCAUGGUUCGAGUGAAAAGCACAUUGACCUGAGAGUGCUCAUUUCCAAAAAACUUUUGCUACUUCUGCAAGAAGCAUACGGUAUUGCGUCGGGUUUGCAAGUUUGCGAAUUUCUCAGAGGAAGGAUUUGCACAUAAGGAAUUCAAUGAGGAGAUUGAGAAGUUGGGACAGCUUCUGAGUGAGAUCGUGAUGACUGGAAAUGAGAUGCCGAAAAUGGAAGCCAGCCGUCAUUUACAAACGAUUCUGCGGACUUACAAGACGAAGAGCUGGAACCUUAUCACACUUUUCCUCUUCUCUCUCCUCCUCUGUCUUCUUUGUAUUCUGUUCAUGAAGCGUUGA